GAGAAGGAACUCCUCACCUUCUCUUGUUUUCAACCACGCCUCUGUGCUCAAAUAUUACUGCAACCUCCUCAUCCCCCCAGCAAAAAAGCAAACAAAACGUUAUUACAAUCCCAGGAUUUGUAAAUGCCUAAAAAGUCAAGUUUUGCAGUAGAUUAUUUUAUUUGUAUUUGAUUUUACCAUCCAGCCCAUCAUCAGCUCCCUGUGUCUACAACAUCAUCAUCUAAAGCGACUUGUGUGUCCAUUUAACACGACCUCAAAAUGUAUUUGGAGAACAAAAGCAACCUGGAGAUUGAAAUGUCUCAGACGUCCGCCCAAGGCCAUCAGGGCAGGAACGGCCUGAGGUCAACAGAGGCCGUUGCAGGAAACUUUGGGGAGCUGCGUUUGCUGCAGGGAAUCUCAGAGAGAGGAGAUACUCAGAAGCUCCAGCCUGCAGGACAGUGUGUUAUCCAUACAGACGACUUUGUUCCUGUUCGGCAAGAGAAUGGUUUCAGGAAUAACUUCAAUGCUGUCAACUUUCUCAGAGGAAAAGCCAAUUCAGCCAACCUUACAGAAAGGUCCCCUCUGCUGCGAUUCUCUCAAGAUGACAGUAUUACUUAUAUGACCGUACAUGAGCCCAGCUUUGUUGGAACCGAGGAGCCAUGGGACAACUUCUGCAUGGACACUGAGAGACGUUACCGUCUGGGUAGCGAGGUUGCCAGCCUGUCACACUCCAACUCCUCAGAGAAGUACGAGACCCUGGAGAACCUCAAUCGCAGCUUUAGACUCACCAGCAGUAUCAAAUGCUGCCUUAGAGUGUCCAAGGUUGUUGCAAUGUUCUCAAUCGUUGUUCUCUCUAGUCUCUUCUUCAGCAUGUAUCCGGACCGGGACAACCCCUGGAGGAUGUUGGCAGUCUCUCCAACAGACAGCUUCUCCAUGAACGUGACAGACUUUCGGGAUAACGCCUUGCUGAAGUUACAGGUGGCAGGACCUUUUGCAGGAAGGGUUGUGGAUCCCACCACCCAGGAGUUCAUCCUGAUCCAAGUGGACCAGGCCGAGGAGCCGGGACAGCGUAGAAGGAGGACUCAGCAGGUGACUCAUAACUGGACCAUUCCUCUUCAUUUGGAACGAAGUGACCAGAUAGUGUUAACAAGAACCUUUGAGAUGCUCAGCAGUGACCCCAUCGUCAUCACGAUUCAGGCCUUCCUGCAGGAUAACAACGUUGUGCCUCUGUCCAUGACUUACCAAUCGCUCUACGUUACGAAGGAGACGCAGGUGGCUAUUGCUGGAAUCAUCCUUGCCGGGGUCUAUGUUCUCAUCAUCUUUGAGAUUGUUCAUCGCACUCUGGCUGCCAUGUUGGGAUCUUUAGCAGCCUUAGCAGCCCUGGCUAUCAUUGGUAAUAGACCCAGUCUGGUUACAGUGGUGGAAUGGAUUGACUAUGAGACACUGGCUCUCCUGUUUGGCAUGAUGGUGUUGGUUGCCAUUUUUUCAGAGACAGGCUUCUUUGAUUAUUGUGCAAUGAAGGCCUACCAAUUGUCUAGAGGGAGGGUGUGGCCUAUGAUCAUCAUCCUGUGUCUGAUUGCUGCAAUUCUAUCUGCUUUCUUGGAUAAUGUGACCACUAUGAUGCUUUUCACCCCUGUCACCAUAAGGUUGUGUGAGGUGCUUAAUCUAGACCCCAGACAUGUCCUGAUUGCAGAAGUAAUCUUCACCAACAUUGGAGGGGCCGCCACAGCUGUCGGAGAUCCGCCCAAUGUGAUUAUAGUAUCAAACCAGGGCCUGCGCAGAGAAGGGAUUGAUUUCGCCAGCUUCACGGGCUACAUGUUUCUUGGAAUAUGCCUCGUCCUUCUCAUGUCCUUUCCCUUCCUGAGGAUGCUCUACUGGAACAAAAAACUUUACAACAAAGAGUCUAUUGAAAUAGUUGAACUGAAGCAUGAGAUCCUGGUGUGGAGGCAAACGGCUCAGCGUAUAAACCCGGCGAGCCGAGAGGAGACAGCUGUGAAAUGCCUUCUGAUGCAAAAAGUGCUCAACCUAGAAAGUCUGCUUCGCAAGAUGAUGAAGACCUUCCAAAGACAAAUUUCUCAGGAGGAUAAAAACUGGGAACAAAACAUUCAGGAGUUGCAAAAGAAGCACAGAAUUACAGACAAGGUUCUGUUGGUGAAGUGUGCCUCGGUCCUCGGUGUGGUGAUCUUCAUGUUUUUUCUCAACUCCUUUGUUCCCAGUAUUCAUCUUGAUCUGGGUUGGAUCGCUAUCCUGGGUGCUCUCUGGCUUUUAGUUCUGGCCGAUGUCCAAGACUUUGAGAUCAUCCUGCACCGGGUGGAGUGGGCCACGCUAUUGUUCUUUGCAGGCCUCUUUGUUUUGAUGGAGGCUUUAGCCCAGCUGCAGCUCAUCGACUAUAUUGGAGAGCAGACAGCCCUGCUGAUAAAAGCGGUGCCAGAAGACCAGCGCUUGGCUCUGGCCAUUAUCUUAGUGAUGUGGAUCUCAGCUCUGGCUUCUUCUCUCAUCGACAACAUCCCCUUUACUGCCGCCAUGAUUCCGGUUCUCAUCAACCUGAGUCAGGAUGCAGACGUGAACCUGCCCGUGAAGCCUCUCAUCUUUGCUUUGGCAAUGGGGGCCUGCCUUGGUGGAAAUGGCACAUUGAUUGGGGCAUCAGCCAAUGUUGUGUGUGCAGGCAUCGCUGAGCAACAUGGAUAUGGCUUUUCCUUUGUGGAGUUCUUCAAGCUGGGGUUCCCCAUGAUGGUGAUGACAUGCAUGAUCGCCAUGUGCUACCUCCUAGCCACCCACAUCGGACUGGGAUGGAACAUGUAAACCACACCGGCCAAAGAGACUAGGGUGUGUUGGCAUGCAUGUGUGUACGUGCAUGUGGCCACUCCUCUAUGAGUUGCAGCUCACUGUAAAUGUGAUGUGUAUGCUGACUGACCAAUCAGAUUACGAGCAAAUCAUGAAGCACUGCAGCCAUGUCUUCAUAAAGCAUUGGAAUGUGGGAUGUUUGGACCAUCAAGGACAGACUUACAUGAGUUUGAACAAAAGCUGACUCUAAGAAAUGUUUCUUGGCUUUACGUAAAUGGCUUCUCUUCAUUAUUGUUUACAUGGUGCUAUGGCCUCAGAGGGAACAACAGCUGUUCUGAUUUCAGCUUUCAUCAGCUGUCACUCCUUAGGAAAUCUCAGAGACCAGUUUAUGAAACACAUCUAAUCAUUACUUCAAUCAUGUAUCAAAAUCUUUCCAUUAAAGGUACAUUUAAAGACUA